ACGUCAUUUACUCACUCACUCAUUAUUAUUAUUAUUUUUUUUCUUUCCAACUUUCCGGCCGGCUGGCCAUCGGAAUUCGGAAACAAAAACUAAAAAUAGAUGGCCAAACUUGUUAUAGAAGUUAAAGAUGCAGCUGACCUUAUGCCAAAAGAUGGUCAAGGUUCAGCCAACCCUUUUGUAGAAGUUCAUUUUGAAGGCCAAAAACAACGUACUCAAACUAAACUUAGAGAUCUUUUUCCUUCUUGGAACGAAUUACUUAUUUUUAACGUUGAUGAUCCUACAAAACUCGUUUUUUCAAGCAUCGAAGUUACGGUUUAUAGUGACAAAAAAAAUAGUGGGCAUGACAAGUUUCUUGGUCGUGUUCGGAUAUCCGGGUCGUCUGUCCCGUUUAAUGAAAAUGAUGCUUUAGUUCAAAGAUACCCGCUUGAUAAACGUGGGUUGUUUUCGAAUAUUCGAGGAGAUAUCGCCCUUAAAAUUUAUGUUGUUGUCGGCCAGGGACAACAACAAUUUUCACAUAAGGAAUCGGUACCGCUACAAGUACAGGAACAACAGCAACGACAUCAGCAGCCGUACAUGCAGCCGCAAGACCGAGGUUUUAAUGAAAAUGAUUGGAAUGAUGGGAAACAAAAUCAUGUCCCGAAAGUCGAUGAAACGAAACAUAGUAAUAAUCAUUUUCCUUUCCAGAAUGAGUACAAAAGGUACGAUGAUAAUCAUAAUAAUGGUGAGAAUAACGAAAAAAAGAAUAAAAGUAAAGAAAAACAGAAGAAAGAAGUCAGAACUUUUUAUUCUGUUGGGACAGGCGGCGGAGGGGGAGGGGGAGGUGGGGGUGGGCCUCCUCCUCCGCCUGUGUCGGCUGGUCCGGCUCAUGUAGAAAGUAAAGCAAAUUUCAUGAGAGCCGGACCAGCUAACAUGAUGCAUAUGCAGUUCCCUGGGCAAAAGCCACCACCUAAUUUUGGGUUAGUGGAGACACGCCCGCCGGUGGCGGCGCGUAUGGGGUACCGUGGAGCGGAUAAGACAGCAACAACUUACGAUCUUGUGGAGAAGAUGCACUUUUUGUAUGUGAAUGUGGUGAAAGCUAGAGACCUGCCGGUGAUGGAUAUCACCGGCAGUCUGGAUCCUUAUGUAGAAGUGAGGCUUGGAAACUAUAAAGGGAUAACAAGGCAUCAUGAAAAGAAUCAGUAUCCGGUUUGGAACCAGGUUUUCGCUUUUUCUAAAGAGAGAUUGCAAUCCACCAUACUUGAAUUGGUGGUGAAAGACAAGGAUUUGUUGACGAAGGAUGAUUUCGUUGGAAAAUUAAGGUUCGAUAUAGUGGACGUCCCAACUCGAGUGCCCCCGGACAGUCCGUUAGCUCCUCAAUGGUAUAGACUGGAAGACAAAAAUGGUAUGAAAACAAGAGGGGAACUCAUGCUUGCGGUUUGGAUGGGGACGCAAGCGGAUGAGGCUUUUCCGGGAGCAUGGCAUUCGGAUGCUCACGGAGUUAGUCAUCAUAAUCUUUCAAAUACGAGAUCGAAUGUGUAUUUUUCACCAAAGUUGUUUUACUUAAGAAUUCAGGUAAUUGAAGCUCAAGAUCUUAUCCUAGUGGAUCGCAGCAGGAUGCCCGAGUUUUAUGUUAGAAUAAACCUCGGGAAUCAAUUGCGAUCCACUAGAGUCUCACCGGUUCGUAGCCUGAACCCUUCUUGGCAGGAGGAGUUGAUGUUUGUUGCAUCUGAACCAUUCGAUGAGUUCCUUGUAAUCAGUGUUGAGGAUCGGUUAGGACAAGGAAAAGAUAUCUGUGUUGGGAGGACGAGUAUCCCGGUGAGACGAAUCCCCCAGAGGAUCGACUCCACGAAGCAUUUAGAAGCAUCGUGGAUCGAUCUAGGGAAGCCGUCUCAUUGGGAGGAAGAAGGUGAAAAGAAAAAAGAGAUGAGAUUUUCGAGCAAGAUUCAUCUUAGAUUGUGUUUGGAUGCUGGUUAUCAUGUUCUUGAUGAGGCCACACAUUUUAGUAGCGAUUUGCAGCCAUCUUCAAAAAUUUUAAGGAAACCAAGUAUUGGAAUUCUUGAACUUGGAAUUUUAAGUGCUCAAAACUUGCUCCCUAUGAAGAUGCGGGAAGGUAGAAUGACUGAUGCCUAUUGUGUCGCGAAAUACGGCAACAAAUGGGUCAGAACUCGAACGCUUUUGAACACUCUAACACCUCGUUGGAACGAGCAAUACACUUGGGAAGUAUACGACCCGUGUACUGUGAUCACUGUAGGCGUUUUUGACAACUGUCAUAUAAACGAUAAGGAAGAGUCGCGAGAUCAAAGAAUUGGGAAAGUUAGAAUUCGUCUAUCAACGUUGGAAACAGACCGGAUUUACACACAUUAUUAUCCGUUGUUGGUUCUAACGCCAUCGGGCCUAAAGAAGCAUGGUGAGCUCCACUUAGCCAUACGCUUCACGUGUGUUGCCUGGGUGAACAUGGUGGCUCAAUAUGGUCGACCCUUACUUCCCAAAAUGCACUAUGUCCAGCCCAUAUCGGUCAAGCACAUUGACUGGCUUCGACACCAAGCAAUGGUAAUUGUGGCGACUCGUCUCAGCAGAGCUGAGCCGCCACUCAAACGUGAAAACGUUGAAUACAUGCUUGAUGUGGAUUACCAUAUGUUUAGUUUGCGUAGAAGCAAAGCGAAUUUCUAUCGGAUUAUGUCUCUUUUAUCAGGAAUCACUGCGGUUUUUCGUUGGUUAGAUGGGAUUUGUCAAUGGAGGAAUCCGUUGACCACGAUUCUGGUCCAUAUCCUGUUCGUGAUACUUGUUUGUUACCCGGAGUUAAUACUACCAACAAUCUUUCUCUAUCUGUUUGUUAUCGGGUUGUGGAACUACAGAUUCCGCCCACGAAACCCACCUCAUAUGGAUGCACGUAUAUCGCAGGCUGAAAUGACACACCCUGAUGAGCUAGACGAGGAAUUCGACACUUUCCCAACUUCACGUCCCACGGAUAUAGUCAGAAUGAGGUAUGACCGAAUGAGGAGUGUUGCAGGCCGGGUACAGUCUGUGGUUGGGGAUUUGGCGACACAAGGUGAACGGGCAAUGGCAUUGCUUAGCUGGAGAGACCCAAGGGCUACCGCAAUUUUUAUUAUCAUCGCGUUAGUUUGGGCAGUGUUUUUGUACGUGACCCCGUUUCAAGUGGUCGCGGUUCUGUUCGGGCUAUACUGGCUUCGGCAUCCCAGGUUUAGAAGCCGGAUGCCUUCGGUACCUGUUAAUUUCUUCAAGAGAUUGCCAGCCAGAUCUGAUACACUUCUUUGAUUGUUACAUUACUUAUGUAAUUCUUGUUUAUAUGUUGUUGUCAAUAAUUGUUAAAGCAAAAUAAAUGCAAUAAAUCAUUCAUUCUUUUGGAUUAA